GCCCUCGCUGUGCCUCAGGGCGGGGCGGGCCGGAGGGCCGUGGCUCGGGGGAGUGGGGGUGGGCAGGGAGGAGGACCUGGGCCGGGCGCGGACUCCGGGGGAGUCGCUGAGAGGCUAUGGGGAAGGACCAGGAGCUGCUGGAAGCCGCUCGCACGGGAAAUGUGGCUCUGGUGGAGAAACUCCUGUCUGGCAGGAAAGGAGGGAUCCUGGGCGGUGGAUCCGGACCCCUGCCCCUGUCUAAUCUGCUAAGCAUCUGGAGAGGCCCCAAUGUGAACUGCACAGACAGUUCGGGUUACACUGCUUUACACCACGCAGCCUUAAAUGGACAUAAGGAUAUAGUUCUCAAACUACUUCAGUAUGAGGCAUCAACAAAUGUAGCAGAUAACAAAGGUUAUUUUCCUAUUCAUCUGGCUGCCUGGAAAGGAGAUGUGGAAAUUGUGAAGAUUCUUAUUCAUCAGGGACCAUCACAUUCCAGAGUCAAUGAACAGAACAAUGAAAACGAAACUGCCCUACACUGCGCAGCUCAGUAUGGACACUCAGAAGUAGUUGCUGUUCUCCUAGAAGAGCUCACCGACCCUACAAUUAGGAACAGUAAGCUCGAAACACCCCUGGACCUGGCAGCACUCUACGGACGGCUUAGAGUAGUGAAAAUGAUCAUCAGUGCGCACCCUAACUUAAUGAGCUGCAAUACUCGCAAACACACUCCGCUUCACCUUGCCGCCCGCAAUGGUCACAAAGCAGUUGUACAGGUGCUGUUGGAGGCAGGAAUGGAUGUGAGCUGUCAAACAGAAAAGGGGAGUGCCCUUCAUGAAGCGGCUUUGUUUGGAAAGGUGGAUGUCGUGCGGGUUCUGUUAGAAACAGGAAUUGAUGCCAACAUAAAGGAUAGCUUAGGUCGAACGGUCUUAGACAUUCUGAAAGAACAUCCAUCUCAGAAAUCUCUCCAGAUUGCAACACUCCUACAAGAAUAUUUAGAUGGUGUGGGAAGACCAGCAGCCCUUGAGGAGCAUAUACAGGAAGAUCCUGCAGAAGAGAUACAUGCUUCAUCUCCUGCUGAGUCUCCUUCCCACAGGACCAAAAGUGAAACUGUGACUGGAGAACUAUCAAAACUCUUGGAUGAAAUAAAAUUGUGUCAAGAAAAGGAUUAUUCUUUUGAAGAUUUGUGCCACACAAUAUCAGACCACUACUUAGAUAAUUUGAGCAAGAUUUCAGAGGAAGAACUUGGGAAAAAUGGAAGCCAGAGUGUAAGAACUUCAUCUACAAUAAAUUUGUCACCAGGAGAAGUGGAAGAAGAUGAUGAUGAUGAGAACACUUGUGGGCCCUCAGGACUCUGGGAAGCACUAACUCCUUGUAAUGGAUGUCGGAACCUUGGCUUUCCCAUGCUUGCGCAGGAGUCCUAUCUAAAGAAGAGGAACUACACCAUGGAAAUUGUACCAUCUACUUCCCUGGACACAUUUCCUUCAGAAAAUGAGAACUUCCUAUGUGAUCUUAUGGACACAGCUGUUACGAAGAAACCUUGUUCUUUAGAAAUUGCAAGGGCACCUUCCCCCAGAGCUGAUAAUGGCUCUGAGGUAGCAAUUACUGCUCCAGGAACUAGUAACCAUAGAAACAGCUCAACAGGGCCAACACCUGACUGCUCACCUCCAUCCCCCGACACUGCCCUAAAGAACAUUGUAAAAGUUAUUCGACCUCAGCCUAAGCAACGAACAUCCAUUGUGUCUUCUCUGGAUUUUCAUCGAAUGAACCACAACCAAGAAUAUUUUGAAAUCAGCACGUCUACAGUGUGUACCAGCUCUACUUCCAGCCCUCCUGUUAGUCUGCCCACAUCUUCUGUGGGAACCACGGACGUCAAGAACGAGGGAACUGACCACACAGGUGACACCUCUCAACAGGAAGACAAUGAUCCUCCAAAGGAAUAUGAUCCAGGGCAAUUUGCAGGCCUUCUGCAUGGAUCCUCUCCAGCCUGUGAGUCCCCUGAAAAUCCAUUUCAUCUCUAUGGAAAAAGAGAUCAAUGUGAAGAAGGGCAAGAAGAAGUCAGUCUGGCAAACAGUCCUUUGCCUUUCAAGCAGACUCCAAUAGAAAAUAACUCUGAACCUUUGGUAAAGAAAAUUAAACCCAAAGUGGUCAGUAGAACAAUUUUUCACAAAAAAAGUAGCCAACUGGAGAACCAUACCAUUGUUGGCACAAAAACCACCAGGAGCGGGUCCCGCAGCGGGGACCAGUGGGUGGUCAACACAGGGGGAUUUGUGGAGAGAGCAUGUACUCUGGGGAGAAUAAGAUCGUUACCUAAAGCCCUGAUCGACAUGCAUUUGUCCAAAAGUGUCUCUAAGUCUGAUUCUGAUCUCAUUGCCUACCCUUCAAAAGAGAAAGCAUCAAGAAUUAACUGGAGUGAAUCUUCAACUGCUGAACACAGUUCUAAAGGGAAUUCUGAAAGAACACCAUCUUUCACAUCUGAAUGGGAAGAAAUUGACAAAAUAAUGAGUUCCAUAGAUGUUGGAAUCAACAGUGAACUUGAAGAAAUGAAUGGUGACACCAGAAGACCCAGAUGCCCUGUCCAAACAGUGGGACAAUGGUUGGAAAGUAUUGGGCUACCUCAGUACGAGAACCACCUGAUGGCUAAUGGAUUUGACAAUGUGCAGUUCAUGGGAAGCAAUGUUAUGGAAGAUCAGGAUCUGCUGGAAAUUGGAAUCCUUAAUUCUGGGCACAGACAGAGAAUUCUGCAGGCAAUCCAGCUACUUCCAAAGAUGAGACCCAUUGGGCACGAUGGCUACCAUCCCACCUCUGUAGCUGAGUGGCUGGACUCUAUUGAACUGGGUGAUUACACCAAAGCUUUUCUAAUUAAUGGCUACACGUCGAUGGACCUGUUGAAGAAAAUCUGGGAGGUUGAACUUAUCAACGUUUUAAAAAUCAAUUUGAUUGGCCACAGGAAACGCAUUUUGGCAUCUCUGGGAGACAGGCUGCACGACGACCCGCCACAGAAGCCCCCUCGCUCCAUCACCCUCAGGGAACCCAGUGGUAAUCACACUCCUCCUCAGUUGUCUCCAUCACUUAGCCAAAGCACUUACACCACUGGUGGCUCCCUAGACGUUCCUCACAUUAUCAUGCAGGGCGAUGCAAGGAGGAGAAGAAAUGAAAACUACUUUGAUGAUAUUCCCCGAUCAAAGCUGGAGAGGCAGAUGGCCCAGCAGUCGUCUGUCUGUGAGAUAUGGACGAAUCAGAACGCUGGAUUUCCUUUCUCAGCGAUCCAUCAGGUUCAUAAUACAGGAGACUGGGGAGAGCCUUCUAUCACCUUGCGACCUCCAAAUGAAGCCACAGCCUCAACUCCAGUGCAGUACUGGCAACAUCACCCAGAAAAGCUCAUCUUCCAGUCAUGCGACUACAAGGCUUUUUAUUUAGGUUCUAUGCUGAUAAAAGAGCUCAGGGGGACAGAAUCAACUCAAGAUGCUUGUGCAAAAAUGCGGGCUAACUGUCAGAAGUCUACAGAGCAAAUGAAGAAGGUCCCUACUAUUAUUCUUUCCGUCUCAUAUAAAGGAGUCAAAUUUAUUGAUGCAACAAAUAAGAACAUAAUCGCUGAGCAUGAAAUUCGUAAUAUCUCCUGUGCUGCCCAGGACCCAGAAGACCUCUCAACAUUUGCUUAUAUCACAAAAGAUUUGAAGUCCAAUCACCACUACUGUCAUGUGUUUACUGCCUUCGAUGUGAAUUUAGCCUAUGAAAUCAUCUUAACCCUGGGACAGGCAUUUGAAGUCGCUUACCAGCUAGCCCUGCAAGCCAGAAAGGGGGGGCAUUCCUCCACACUCCCGGAAAGCUUCGAAAACAAGCCCUCCAAGCCCAUCCCCAAGCCCCGCGUCAGCAUCCGCAAAUCAGUGCAGAUCGACCCGUCUGAGCAAAAGACUCUGGCCAACCUGCCGUGGAUUGUGGAGCCGGGGCAGGAAGCCAAGAGGGGCAUUAAUACCAAGUAUGAAACCACGAUUUUCUGAUCGUCGCCGCCCGCGCGCCCUCCGGUGCCUUGCUCGCCAGGCAGCCGGGCCAGGUUUCCUAGCGCCGGGAAGGAGGCCGCUCCGCUCCGCCCCCGGGGGCCUGGCCCGGCCCGCGGCCGCGCCGCUCCGGGAGGCUCCUUGCGCCGGCGACGGAACCCGCGACCAAGACUUUGCAGCUCUGCAGCCGCGGACGGCGCGCCCCGGGGUCCCCACGCGCCGUCCCCGCGCCUGCCUCCCGAGGUCUCUCCGGUGACUCGGCGCCCGCGGGCCUUGCUUUAGUCGGGGGUGAUAACCUUUUUUAAAAAACAAAACAGAAAAGUCAAGGGGAUCGCUAAUACUGCCUAAAAGUAUAAAAAUCUUUGGGUUUAGUUUUCACUGUCAGCAGCGUCAAAGGUAAAAUCAGAACAGAACUAACUCCCACCCCGCAGAAAGCAUCUGUAAAAUCAUUAUGUCAUUCAGUAUCUUUAGGCAAGAGGACAGGAAAUCCUGUUUCCCAAUUUCUAUAUUUGUGGAUUUUAUAUAUAAUCAACUAUGUCGGAUGAAGAAAAUCUUUAACUCUCACGAUGGAUUCAAAAUUUUAAAAAUGAUUUAAAACAAGAAUUUAUUAUGCACAGAAAAAAAUUGUGUCUUGUAUUAAAUAUUUUUAUUAAAAGGGUGUUUCGUUAAUGCAUUGAUAAGAAAACUAAGCUAGUUGUGCGGGAUGUUUCUGGUCUUUGAAAUAGCUAAAUUUCUACUGCUACUACCAGGAGGACCGGGCAAAGUUGUGGCAAGAUCCUGAAUGUGUCUACCCGGCGGGAGAUGUGCAGGGUUUGACAACCCGCGAAGGUAGCCCUGCACCUGCAAAGAUUUUGUUUUGGUUUUUCUUUUUUUUAACCAUUAGUGUUUUAAAGAACAUGUCAGAACAAAAAAUAAUCUAGGGCUCCUGCUGUCAAGAUUUCUGUCAUGGAAACCUUGCUUGAGAAUGGUGUUAAUAAUAAAACUCUAUUGCAAAAAUUUUUUCUAUAAAAAAUAAAUACAAAAAAAAAAAGAAAUUCCAAAGUAAUAAAACUUUUCUU